AUGUCGUCAUCUGCUUCGAGGCCUGCAGUUCCCAAUCCCUCAGGAGGAGCAGCAGCAGCAUCAGCAGAUGAUUCCGACGACUCCAUUCAAUCUGGUUUUGAUUCGGAUAAGCAGAUGGUCGAGAUUUCUGAUAUGGUUCGCUUUGGAAAGCGAAAUACGAAUGAUUCGCCGCAAGCAAAGCGUCUAAAGCCUUUUGAAGAAGAGGACCGUCCUUAUGUGCCUAUGUUUACUUGGAAUGUUAAACUUACGUAUGAACACAAGUGGAAGUUCGACAACGAGGCACACGAAGAGCAAGAGGAUACAAAUGGUUCGGGCUUGGUGCCAAAGAAUGAUGAAGGUAACGGCAGUCUUGUCCAGAUUAAAGACGUGAAAAAAGCUGACGAAUGUUUGAAAGCCGGUGAGCAGCAUGAUUUUCAUGACGAUGUGGAGUAUAUGAUGAGCACUCUUUUGAACCCUUCGUCAACUGCCAACGUUAAAUGUCUGAGGUUGUCGUUUUGCUGGUGCUUGAUUUGCAAGAUGAGUAAUUUUUUAAUUGUUCGUGAGACAAAUUUGCAUGUCAUUGGCGCUCGCUUAAAGCAAGGCUUAUUUUUUGAACCUUCUCCUGAGCUUAAAUCAAUCACUUUUUCUUCACGAGGAUGCAUAACGCAGCUCUCGUUAUACAUUUCCUUUUGUCGUUUAUGUAAAAAGUUAUUUUGGAUUUGA